CCUAUAGUUAAGUCACAACGAUUACGCAUUUUAAACCAUAAUGAAGUUAACUUUUAUUUUAGUUUUAAUAAUUAAUUUGUGGAGAGUAGAUGCAACUGAUUACUGUGUGCCAAGAAUUUGUCCAUCAGGAAUUAAACAUAUUGCCUGCAAGAACACUUUUCAAUUGGCAUCAGCAUGUCCAACUGAUGCUUAUGUGAUUGAUCUUUCUCCAUUUAUCACAACUAUUCUCGAUGAGCAUAAUACCAAACGUAAUCAAAUCGCUGGAGGCGAUCUGAAUGGUUACUUAUCAGCCACACGUAUGGCCAGUAUGCAAUGGAAUGAUGAACUAGCAAAACUUGCUACCUUGAAUGCUAUGCAAUGUGUCCAGAAGCAUGAUAAGUGCCACAAUACAAAGGAUUUUAGACAAUCCGGUCAAAAUUUGGGUUAUUUUGGUCAUACUUUAAAAAAUAAAGUCUAUUCAGAUGAUUGGAUUAUUAAAAAUCGUAUAAAUCGUUGGUGGAAUGAACAUGAACAUGCUGGCAUGCAGUUUAUAUAUAAAUUUCCCAAAAAAUAUGGAGGACCGAAAAUUGGACACUUUCUGCCUAUGGUAAUUGAUCGGAAUACACAUGUUGGUUGUGGUGCAAUACGUUAUAUGAAUGGUGAAUAUCUUCGAACGCUAAUUGCAUGCAACUAUGCUACAACAAAUAUAGUAGGAAAGUCGGCAUAUCAAGUAGGUGGAUCUGGUAAUGAUUGCAAAACCGGUAGAAAUGCCAACUUUACUCAUUUGUGUUCAAUUAAUGAAGUUUAUGAUGGCUUAUAAUAUGCAUAUCAGUCAAAAGUUUGAAUUAUAUUUUAAUAACAAUAAUAUCACACAAUCAAGUUAUUUGUUCAAACGUUAGCAUUUGUUUAACUU